AUGCAGAGACUCCACACGAACGAUCUUGAGCUGGGUGCAACAGAGGCCAUACAAAAGCACUACGAGCGUCAUGUCGUCUCGACCAAGCCUGUCUCUCAGCGUAAACUUGAUUUUGAGCGGGCAAGGCCGAGAUGGCUUCGUGAGAUGAUGGCCGAGGCCACUGGUGUAUUCUUCUAUGUGUAUCCUGGCAUUGCUGCAACAGCUUCCUUUACUCUGGGCGCAGAAAACGCUGCGUUUGGAAGUCUGCUUCAGGUCGGUCUUGCAUUUGGCUUUGGUAUUGCCUUUGCCAUCAUCACUUGUGGUUCAACAUCAGGAGGUCACUUUAACCCUGCCAUGACAAUAUGCUUCGCUACUUGGCAAGGAUUUCCCUGGAAGAAAGUCCCCUACUACAUCUUCUCCCAAAUUUUCGGUGCCUUCAUGGCCGGCCUCUUCGUCUACGGCCAAUACCACGUCCAAAUCGCCGAGUAUGCAGCGACCACCAUCGCCGCCGGCAAAGGCACAGUAUUCAGCGGCGGACCCGCCAGCAUCUUCUGCUCCUUCCCAGGCCCUGCACAAACCAACCUCGGCUACCUCUUCUUCAUCGAGUUCUUCGUCGACUCCUACAUCGGUAUCGUACUCUGGGCCUGCCUCGACCCCGCCAACCCAUUCAUCUCUCCUCAAGUAGCUCCCUGGGCAAUCGGUCUGGUCUACUCAACAAUGGUAUGGGGCUUCGCCGACAUUACAAUCAGCACGAACCUAGCUCGUGACCUCGGCACCCGCAUCGUAGCCGCCAUCUUCUUCGGCCGCGAGGCCUUUGCCUACCACUCCUACUCCUGGAUCGCCAUCCUCGUCAACGUGCCCGCUACUCUGUUCGCCACCGCAUACUAUGAAAUGCUCAUGCGCGACUCGUUGCAGAAGAUUGGCAAGGGAGCUGCGUUCCACGAGGAUGGAGAGGAAGGAUUGAAUUUGCAUCUUGUGAAGAGCAAUAUCAGCAGGCAGAGCCCCAUGAGCCCGAAUAUGCAAAAGGUGUUUAGUCUUGGGUCGAACGGGUCGACGUUGAAUGGUGGUGCGGGCAAAAUGGAGACGGGAUUCAGUCUGGCGGCGGAGACCGGAAAUCACUGA